AUGGCCUGCGAAAGCUGCCGAUCCCAGGCCCGGACACUCCUCCGGGUCGCAUCCCGCACCUCAGUAUCCCGGUCCUCGGCCGCCAGAUCGGUUUUUUUGCCGCUGCUCCAUGCCAAUGCGCCCGUUCGGACGUCGCCGCCAGCCCGGAGUUUCAGCAGCUCCAGCACGAGGAAGAUCCUGGGCGGACUUGGGAGCUCGAUUGGCGAGUCGUACCGGGUUCUGGGCGCCUCGGAGAGACUGUUCAAGGCAUGUGCCAAAGCAGCUGAUUAUCGCAUCACGGAGGAGGAGCGCAAGAAUGAUUUGGUGGAGAGAUUGGACGACGGCGAGGAGAUUGGCCGGGCUCUGGAAGAUGGGAAUAUCUGGCAUACUGCUUUCAAACUGCCGCCCACCUUUAGCACCUGGUCGCAUGUCACCAUGCUUCACCUCUAUCUCAUCAACGCCCGCAUACGAUGCCUCGAGCGAGACGAAUACCGCAACUGGCAGCAGCAGCUCAUCGACCACUUCUUCUUCGAGUGCGAGAAGAAGAUGCACAUUGACCACAACAUCACAUCCAGCGCCCUCCGACAGCGCUACCUCAAGGAUAUAUUUGUCCAGUGGCGAGGUCUCCUGCUGGCGUACGACGAAGGUCUCAUCAAGGGUGACGCCGUGUUGGCCAGCGCCGUAUGGAGGAAUCUGUUCAAGGGCGAUCCCGAAGUCGACCCCCGAGCGCUGGUGGCUAUUGUUGGAUGGAUGAGAUCCGGCCUUGCAUCGCUGGAGAGCGCCUCAGACAUGGCCAUGACCAACAGGGCGCUGGAGGUUCUUUCCAGGCCAGUGGAUGUGUUCUGGACGAGGCUGGAGGAG